GAAAAUAGACCUUAGUUCUCAAUACUCAGUCGUGAAGUACGGAUCCGUGCCGGUUGUAAAAAUUUACAAAACGAAACAGAGAAGAGUCUGUUUCAGUUUCAAUUGUUUUGUUUUGUUUUUCCGACGCCAAAUACAAUAACAACAAAAUGGGUUGUGGCGAAUCAACAUUGAAGUUUACAUUAUUCGUAUUGAAUAUUUUGUGUUUUAUACUUGGGGUAUUGACAUUAUCAGCAUGUAUUUUUGCACUAAUCGAGUUUGAAUUUAGUGAAGCUGUCAAAAUUCCCUGCAUCGUGAGCAGUGUCUUAAGUUGCAUUCUAUUCCUCACAAGUACUUUGGGUUGCUGUGGCGCCCAAAAGAAAUCUGCGAAAGCAACAUGGGCUUACUCCAUAAUAAUGUUACUGCUGAUGGCAGCUCAAAUUGCUGUGAUUUUUGUACAACCCAUUAAUUUCAAUAAUUUUUCGACUGAAGUAAUUGACAAGGCGUGGAAUGUCACCGACAUCAAAAAGGAUUAUCUAAUGACUUCGUAUGAAAUAAAGUAUGAAUGUUGUGGAAAAUUUGGACCUUCGGAUUACACAGACCUGAAUGUAACAAUACCCCUCAGUUGUUAUAGAAAUCACAAUAAUCGCAUCGAUACAAAUCUCCUCGAUGUCGGUUGCAUUGACAAACUUAAUGCAAUGUUUUCAUCCAAUCAACGAAUUGAGGAAAUAAGUGAUUGGACUUUGGCCGGUUUGGAGGGAGUAUCGGCAUUGGUUGGUGGAAUGCUGGCAAUAACAUUACAAAAUAUCGAAAGACGAAAAUAUUAUCACUGAGAAGUAGGUACUCAAUCGACGAAACUUAGUUCCUAAAAUAAAAUUGUAUUUAUUUUCAUAACACUUUGGUUGCAAAUCACGACAAUGUACUUAAAAAUGUAAAUUUAAAUUAUACAUAUCUUAAACAGUGUAUGCCAGAAAAUUAGAACAGUAUUUUGUAAUUAUUAUAUUUUGUAUUAAUACUAAUUAAAAUUUAAAUAAAAUGGACAGUUUGUUCAAUAUAAAUUUUCUUACCACAGAGACUU